AUGGAGGAGACUCAUCAUAAUGCCUACCAGUCAGCCUCGAGCCCUGUGCUGAUAUCUACCACCGACGUGCGAACACCGACAGUGACGGAGAUCCUCUGCAGUCUGUCCGCCUACUCGGAGAUAUGCUUCUAUGUCAGAGAAACGCGCGAGCAACUCCGCAUCACUGCGAGGACGUACGUGAUCCCGGCGCCCACGCACGCUCUCUACGCCCAAUUCGACUGGAAAGCCUCACCCUAUUUGAGAGCAUUCAAGAAAGAAGACAAGAUGGACUGGGAACCUUUGCGGGGGGAUCUUCUCCGUCCCACCCCUGGGAUCGCCUUGGGAGGGGGUUACGAACAGUGUAAAAAAUGGGAGGAGACAUUACCAAGGUGGCAGGAGAUUCAGGAUGACGAGUAG